ACAAGUAGGAAGAAGCCAGUGCACGACACCGGCAAGGAGAGGUGGGAGCCGCUGCCGCACCGCGGCCGUGGCGUCCUGCCUCCGAGCAGGAGUAGGGCGAGAGCCGGAGUGGGCGAGGGGCAAGGCCUCCGGGCCGAGAGCCGCCCAGCUUGCCCUUCCGUCUGCUGCCUCUGUGUCCGCGCUGUGCGUCGGACCCCCGGUCUGUCACCUGGGCUGCAGGGACCCCUGCGCCCGGGAGCAGAAGCGAACCGGACCCUCCCUCCGCCGACUGCGUCCCGAGGGCGCCUCCCCGGGGUGGAGCAGUCUCCGCUACCGCCUUCUGCGGGCAGCUGAGUGUCCGGCUCGCGCCCGGAGCGAGCGGCCGCGGUCAGCCCCGAGGAGGAGCAGAAGGGGGCGGCCAUGGGGUUGCUGUCCCAGGGUUCGCCGCUGAGUUGGGAGGAGACCCAGCGCCACGCAGACCACGUGCGGCGGCACGGGAUCCUCCAGUUCCUGCAUAUAUACCACGCCGUCAAGGACCGGCACAAGGACGUGCUCAAGUGGGGAGACGAGGUGGAAUACAUGUUGGUAUCUUUUGAUCAUGAAAAGAAAAAAGUUCAAUUGGUCCUGUCUGGAGAGGAAGUUCUUGAAACUCUACAAGAGAAGGGGGAAAGGACAAAUCCAAACCAUCCUACCCUGUGGAGACCAGAGUAUGGGAGUUACAUGAUUGAAGGGACACCUGGACAGCCCUACGGAGGAACAAUGUCCGAGUUCAACACAGUUGAGGACAACAUGAGAAAACGCCGGAAGGAGGCUACCUCUAUAUUAGAAGAAAAUCAGGCUCUUUGCACAAUAACUUCAUUUCCCAGAUUAGGCUGUCCCGGGUUCACACUGCCUGAGUACAAACCUAACCCGGUUGAAGGAGGAGCUUCCAAGUCUCUCUUCUUUCCAGAUGAAGCGAUAAACAAGCACCCCCGCUUCAGCACCCUAACAAGAAAUAUCCGACAUAGGAGAGGAGAAAAAGUUGUCAUCAAUGUACCAAUAUUUAAGGACAAGAAUACACCAUCUCCGUUUAUAGAAACAUUUCCUGAGGAUGAUGAGGCAGCAAAGGCUUCCAAACCGGAUCAUAUUUACAUGGAUGCCAUGGGAUUUGGGAUGGGCAAUUGCUGUCUUCAGGUGACAUUCCAAGCCUGCAGCAUAUCUGAGGCCAGAUAUCUUUAUGAUCAGUUGGCCACGAUCUGUCCAAUUGUCAUGGCUUUGAGUGCUGCAUCUCCUUUUUACCGAGGCUAUGUGUCAGAUAUUGAUUGUCGCUGGGGAGUGAUUUCUGCAUCUGUAGAUGAUAGAACUCGGGAGGAAAGAGGACUGGAGCCUCUGAAGAACAAUAACUAUAGGAUUAGUAAAUCCCGAUAUGAUUCAAUAGACAGCUACUUAUCUAAUUGUGGUGAGAAAUAUAAUGACAUCAACUUGACGAUAGAUAAAGAAAUCUACAAACAACUCUUACAAGAAGGCAUUGAUCAUCUCCUGGCCCAGCAUGUUGCUCAUCUCUUUAUUAGAGACCCACUGACUCUAUUUGAAGAAAAAAUACACCUGGAUGACGCCAAUGAGUCUGACCAUUUUGAGAAUAUUCAGUCCACAAAUUGGCAGACAAUGAGAUUUAAGCCCCCUCCUCCAAACUCAGAUAUUGGAUGGAGAGUAGAAUUUCGACCCAUGGAGGUCCAGUUAACAGACUUUGAGAACUCUGCCUAUGUGGUGUUUGUGGUGCUGCUCACCAGAGUCAUCCUUUCGUACAAAUUGGAUUUUCUCAUUCCACUGUCAAAGGUUGAUGAAAACAUGAAAGUAGCACAGAAACGAGAUGCUGUCUUGAAGGGAAUGUUUUAUUUCAGGAAAGAUAUUUGCAAAGGUGGUAAUGCAGUGGUAGAUGGGCGUGGCAAGGCCCAGAAUAGCACAGAGCUCACUGCAGAGGAGUACACCCUCAUGAGCAUAGACACCAUCAUCAGUGGGAAGGAAGGUGUGUUUCCUGGACUGAUCCCGAUUCUGAACUCUUACCUUGAAAACAUGGAAGUGGAUGUGGACACCAGAUGUAGUAUUCUGAACUACUUAAAGCUGAUUAAGAAGAGAGCAUCUGGAGAACUAAUGACAGUUGCCAGGUGGAUGAGGGAGUUUAUCGCAAACCAUCCUGACUACAAACAAGAUAGUGUAAUAACUGAUGAAAUGAACUAUAGCCUUAUUUUGAAGUGUAACCAAAUUGCAAAUGAAUUAUGUGAAUGCCCAGAGUUACUUGGAUCAGCAUUUAGGAAAGUAAAAUAUAGUGGAAGUAAAACUGACUCUUCAAACUAGACAUUCUGCAGAAAGAAAAACGUGUUACUGUUUUAUUGGAGAACUAACUGCAGUGCUAUGCCUCUCAGCCCAUGUGUACAGUAUGAAGACCAAAUAAUAGAACCGCACUGUUUCCUGAGCCAGUGGGCCAGAAAUUAAUUUAGAGGCUUCCUUCAAUAGGUAAAUUUAGAGUUUAUACAGUGUACAUGUACAUAGUAAAGUAUUUUUAUGAUUAACAAUGUAUUUUAAUAACAUUAUAUCUAAAGUCAUUGUGAACUGGCUUGUACAUUUUUUAAAUCUUACUCUGGAAGAACUACCACCUAAGCAGUUUUGUAAAUGUACUAGUAAUUGUACAAUACCUGCGUUCCAGAGUUUAAAAUGUUUACUGUAAAUUUUUGUUCAUUUAAAGACUACCUGGGACCUGAUUCACUGAAAUUUAUUCACUUUAAAAAACACAUUUUCUCUUAUUAAUUUUCUUUGAGUCAUCUCCUUUGUUGUGCAUAUAAAAUCACUUGAAUCCAUUGAAGUAUUUCAGGGAUAAUCUUGGAUUUCUGGCACCUUAUCUAUGAUGUUUAUUUUGGAAUUGGAAUAGCUAACCACUUGGGAACCUUGCCCUAAGCUUUCACCAUCAAAUAAAAUCCAUUGAAUUCUGAUGGCUGUUAUAAAAAGAACUUUCCUUUUUGUUUAUUUGUUUAAUUUGCUGCUUCAGCCAUUUUAAGGACAACUCUGUAGGAAGAAAGGAGACUAUUACUCAGAGUUCAUAUAUAGUAAUUAUUGGGUGAUUUUUUUUUUUUUUUAACUAAAACGGGAGGGGAAUCAUUUUUUUUCCUCUACAUACCAAGAGUACUGUCAAAAAUGGCAUCAGCUCUUGUGUGAUGGUCUGUUCUGAUUGCUGCUGUAUGCUUAAAUUUGCAAAUCAAAUGCAGUUUUCUGAAGUUUUGUUAUUCUUUCUCUAGUUUCCAGUAAGCAUAUUGAUAGACUUUCUUCUCAAAGCCAUUCACUCCAGUUUUACCUGGGAAAUAUCCUGUAUACUGCUUACUUUCUCUAUAAAACACAAAUAAAUCAUGAAAUGCACUAAGUUUUGUGAAUCAGGACCUUAAAUGUUUAAUUGUAAAUAAUUUAAGUUUCAGAUAAUUGUUGCUAUAGCUUUGUGUUGAAGUUUUGGGUUUUUUUCCCAAUUAAGUCUUAACUGCUUCUGAAAUAACUGUAUUAUAGAAUGUGCAAAACUUUACAAGCAUAAAUAUUUAAACUGCAAUGCUAACUUUAAGAGAUUGCAAUAAAGCUUCAGCUAAACCUGACUGUUUAAAUACUAAGGUUUGUUCUCUAUUUCAUACAUGCAUUUUGAAGGAUUAAAGAACCCCUGUUUUUCAUUGGCAAUUUGCUUGUGUAAAUCAGGUUGUAAAAAGGCAGACAAACUGUUUGUGGUAUGAGGAAAUAAAAGAAUGGAAUUAGCAUUCAGAAAA